AUGGACAUAGUUCUGCACCUCUGCAGGUGGAAAUACUUUGACUUCAACAGAUUGCGGGGUGGCGUAUUUGUUAAAUAUGAUGUGAGUUUUUCCGUCCCGCUUUCACAUCAACUAUAUAACAAUACCAUUGGUCUACUCAUAACUGUUGUCGGAACGAGAACUGAGCAAAAGUUGGAAGAUUCGGAAAAGAUGAAAUUGCGAAACUGUGCCCAAAAUUCUACUUCAGUUGAGGAACAUGCCCGUUGUUUUGCUCCUUAUUUCCAAAUGGAGCUGGAAGAGGAAGAACGAAAAAGUGGUUCAUCAAAUCGUUUUCACUACCGGUUCAGGCGUGACAUUUACCGUGACAGCCACACUCUGGUUGGUCAGUUUCUUCACUGGGCAAAGAAGUUACUAGUUAAGAUUAAAAGCAGGGGUAAAAAACUCAAAAUUUACGCCAAUCUUCCAUCCCCCUUUCAGCACAGUCGAUCCGACAAUGAAUUUGAAACGGAUUCGACUAUCCAAAAGCCAACUGCGAAAAUUCAAAAAAUGAUUGACACUUAUCGCAACUGUUCUCUUCAAGCCAUGACCAAUUACAGCUCGAACGUUGACUUAAGGCAAUUUGCGGCACCUGAUUGGAUGAAGAACAUGAUGAUCGAUAUCAGAGUACUGAUGGAACACAUUGACAGUGUUGGUGAUUUGGCAGACAUGUUUAGGGUGCUGUCGCCAAGACUUUUUCCUGUGGAACCGGAGAAGAACGCGGAGCGUAUCCUUUCUCCAAAUAUUUUGAGCUUGUACGAUGACAAUGACGAAUUUUUGUCUUUCACAAACUUACUGUCGCCGAUGACCGAAUUGGAUAGGGUAGCGAUGAUCGAGCUAGUCAAAGAAUUGCUCGACGUUAACGAUCUUGUGAAUGACACGCUGCAUCUCACGCGGGGUGAAACCACGAUGAGUAUCGAGGAAAAACUGCUGGUAGAGAACGUUGAGAGGUUAGGCCGACUGACACUGGCAUUUGAACGUCUGACUGCUUCGUAUUCCGAGGAGCAAGCCGAUGCGCUGUGGAACAACGGUUAUACGUUCUUAACGGCUGAUCAGCUGCACAUCAUAUACUCAGGGAACGAAACCAAGUUGGGGCUGGAUUUGCAAAACUACAAUCACACAACCGAUCAUCAGCGAGAAAUUGCCCUGAAAAAGUAUUUCAUUGCGAUUGCAGACGGGAAGGUCAGAUUGAAUGGUGAUAACAGCGAAAACGUCGACGAAUUCAGGCAAGAGGAGGAAGUCGUCGAAGGCACGGUAUCCAUACACCCAAAUAUUUUAUCUCCGCUCAUUGGAUCACCGACUGUUCUUGGUAACGUCGCCCUUUCGCCAUUCAUUUUCAGCCCUGUUAUUUUUUCACCAAGCACCACAACUAUUUUUACUACGAGUCCGAUGAUCGGUGCCCCGGUUCUUAUGUCGCCAGUGCUGGUGCAUCCGGACUUUUUGUCUCCAAAGGUCAUGAGUCCGUUUAUUCUUACACCAGUCGUCGUGACGCCAAUUAUUUUCGGACCUCUUGUCAUUAAUCCGUCUGUCAUGGUUCCCUUCGCUGUGGCUGCUCUAAUUUUCAACGCUGGUUUUCUUAGUCCUUUUGUUCUCAAUCCCAAUGUCCUCACACCUUCUAUCUUGUCACCACAGGCGUAUUGGGCCAGCGUUUUGUCACCUGGAGUAUUAUCGCCGGUCAUCGAUUCUCCGUGCAAGGUAUGCACCGUUAUUGGUUCUCCUUGCAUUCUCUGUUAG